UUCUACCGCAUCGAAUAUACCAUAAACAGGUACCUACCUGGGUAGUCUUAUUCUUCCUCACUAGGAAGAGAUUAUUCGCUCUCAACUUUCACUGAGUUUGAAGAUGGCAAAUCUUCCCGAAGGAUGGGAGGCUGAUUACGACGGUAGUCGGUGGUUCUAUCGCUAUAAGACUACCGGCCUCACGCAAUACCAUUUCCCGCGGCCGGGCGACGAGUUUCCCGAAUUAGUAGGCAUAGGUUUUGGGCCACUCGACCUGACUCCAAAGAAUGGGCUCGGUGACGAAUAUCAAGGCGCGCUGAAAAACGCUGUUAGCGAGACCAGUAAUGUCAGAAAGACGAACCUAACCGACGGGAAUGAUCAUAUGGGGGCUACGGGCUAUUUUGAUCCAGAUAACUUUAUGUAUUUUGGGCUUAACGAUAUAAGCCCGGCAGGUAAUGAGAGUAAUACUACAACCGACAUAACCACAGAGUCAACAUCACCCAUGGCGGAACUUGGAUCUACCCAAGUACGGUCGCCCGUAGGAUUUAUUUCUGAGCUGGCCAGCAGUGACACAGCAAAAUGCGCAGAGGAGUUAGCUCCCAUUGAACUAGAUGCUACGCAGAUUUCCCAAACGCCUUCAAAAUCCAACGUCCACCGUAAUGGCAUCGCGGAAUUGUCGACCGAGAAAAGCCCAAGGAAAGAGAAGGUGCCAGUACAACAUCCAGUACAGACUAUGGAACCAGUUGAUGAAUAUCCCCUAGUUUCAGCUUCAUUUGCCUAUCCGCCACUGAAGAAAGUUGCCAAACCUGCAGAUGACAUCAAUACGGAACCCCCUCAGGUAGAACAGAAAGUCAUCGCCUCCCAAAGGCCAGUGGCUACUUAUCUAGAGAAUAACGAAAAUGAGACGUGGAAACCAACGAGUAGAAUUGCCAACGAAGAAGCGAGGAAUCCUAAUAGAAACUCUAUCACGCUGUCGGGUAUACCGGUCCUUCAAUCUCAAAACACAGAGCUUGGUCCUAUUGACCAGAAGCGACAUUCGCUAUCGCGGCCUGUUGAAUCCCCAGGGGAGAUUUCUGAUCACCCCGGUAUUCAAAAGCCAUCAGAUCCUAGGCUUUCGACUACUACAUCUACAUCUCCCUCAGAAGUUGAGCCAUCGCCCAUUCCAACUGUCCUGCGGCCUGAUCAUGACUUGCAUGGCACUUCGGGAAACCAGCGGCCAACAAAGUCGCAUACAGACAUGGCUCGUCCAGGUACUCAUCGGGUCAACACGCUACCGAACCCGCCCUCGUCUUAUACACCAUCUCUGCUAAAAAUAGGCGGGCCCGGAAUACAAGUUUCCCAGGAAAUAUCAGCCGCAACAGGGUCUACCGCUGAGCAAAGCAAGCUUCACAACCCUGUUACAGCCAGCCCUGUCCCAAACGGCCAAGGUGCCUCUACCCAGAAGCCACACCAACCUCUAGAGCAUUCUCAUUCUGCUGUGGAUGAGCCGAUUCCUGUAGUUGCUCCGAUUUCUACAUCUAGGCCCCAGAAGCCAGCAAGCCCGGACUGGAUGCUGAAUACUAGUUUCCAGGGAUCAAUACCAAGCUCACCUGCCCCCCAGAACAAACCACAGUCUCAACCAGUAGUUUCACAGAGCUCCGGGAAUGCUAGCGCUACAAUGGGCUUAGCCAGUAUUCCAGUACGGCCUCAUCCUGCAUCCCAACAGGGACGUCCACCCUCAAUAGGAUCACCGGGGCCUAAUUCUACAGCACAAGUCCCGGCUCCUUCUACAGUACCUCAAGGAUCUCCUUUGAAGCCAUCUGGACAACCCAUCCAAACACACAACUACCAUAAACCUUCAAUAUCAGUGUCAUCGCAGAACUCUCCUCAGGUCUCUCAGGGCUCAUCGACGACACAUAUGUCUUCAUCUAACACGCAAGCGCAGGGCCAGGUCGUUAUAAAUAACACAUAUAAUUCGCAGACACCUAUUCAAAGACCUAAUCAUGGUACGCCAGCUACAAUUCAGUCCCUCGUUGGUCCUUCGGCAAGUUUCUCGAAUCAACCGGCGACUGUACAUGCCAUCUCAUCUAAUCCGCAGAGACCACCAUCAAGUUCACCCUCUAGCCCAAGGCCCCAAAAUAACCAACAAGCACCAGCACCGCACACCAUGAACCAACAGCCGAACCAGAAUACGGCGAUGGGAAUAGCUAUAGGGCAACACAAACCACAGUCACCAUCUCCUAUAGCCAAUCCCGUCUCUCCGUUACAGAGCCAGGUUUCGUCACCAGCUCCUUCGAUUGCCUCCCUUAACCGACCGCCAUCCUCUGCAUCGUCGCAUACUUAUGGCAGUGCGCAAAGUGUCGCGGCUCAAAAUCGACCGCCUAAUACUUCUACGCCUCAUCAGUAUACCCAUCAGAAUACUUAUCAAAAUACGGCUCAGGUUAUAAGACCAACGAUGGCGCAAACAUCUCAAAGUCAAGUGAAUCAACAAGCCACAAUUCAACAGGUUACGAACCAACAGGUUAUUCAGUCACCUAGCCCUUCGACUACGGGAGGCUCGAAACCAUUUCCCAUGCUUCCAGGGCAGGUGACUCCACUGCCUUCUCAAAUGGGAUCGCCCCCUACUUUCAUACCGAACAAUUCAGCGCCUGCUACAACAGCACCAGCUCAUCAUGGCCAGGGGCAGACGGCAUUAGGGUACCCUACCCAGCAGCAAGCUGGACCCCAACAGAUAGUACAAGCAACAGUACAAAGGCCCCCUCAGCCGCAAUUGAUGAAUGGGAAUCAUUCGCAGCUUUCCGGAAGCCCAAUACCUGGCCAACCGACCCAAAUGAUAUUGCAGCAUGGACAACCUCGGCCAACUAUACAGGGGGCACCGGGCCAGCAACCUGCAAACGGUCAAAAUAUCCCAACCUAUAUUCCACAAAGCCCUGAUAGUAUUAACCAAAUAUCGAACGGACAGAAUGGACAAGUUGUUGCUAACAUGACACAUGGAGCCCAUGCUCAGUCACCGGCGUCUUAUGGGGUCCAAUCCCCAAUUUCACAGCAAUUUUCCGGACAGUCGCCGAUCCAGGGGCAGCAACAACAAACCCAAACUCCUGGGCUUUAUUCUAAUUUCCCACAAAUAUCCGGCCAGAGUAAACCGUUCACCUCAGCCCAAGCGGCCGCUGCACUGUCUGACGCAGGUAAGAAGAUGAAAAAAUGGGCUAAGAAGACCUGGCAGAAUCCUGCUUUAAAGCAGUCUUCGGCGGCAAUAGGAGGCGCAAUAAUCGCGGAAUCAAUGGGCAUGAACGGGACAACUGGCGCUGCUCUUGGGAACAAUAUAUACAGUAACUAUCAAGGCCAACCCCAGGGUCAGCUUCAAGGCGGCCAACAACAGCGGCCUCCAAGUUUACAGCACGCUUAUACUGCGCCACCCCAGACACAAACCGUCCAAGGUGCGAACAUUGCAUCUCCGCAGAUGCAGGCCAUGAAUCGACCUCCGCUACAACAGGGCUCACAACCUGUUGGCGUUCAGACGCCGGGCCGGCCACCUAUGGUCCAGAAUCCUGGCUUACCAGGAACUCUGAUGAAUUAUAAUGCUGCGCAACCAAACAUGACGAACCAACAAACCUCUUAUCAGAUCCCACGACCUCCAGUCGGACGACCACAACUCUCGCAAAUGCAGCAACGACCGCAAAUUCAGCAGCAGAUGCAACAACCCGCCGCUUUCGGUCAACCGGCAUACCAAACACUUCCUAACCAGCCAGUAUUCCAGGGACCUCCAGGUCAACCUCUCUACCAAGUCCACCCUAAUCAGAUAAUGCCCCUUAAUCAGCCUGGGUAUCAAGCACCAGGGACUGCAGAUGCUUAUGUAGCGAUAGGCGCUACCAUCGGAGGCGCUUUAACCGCCCUGUCAGGAAGUAAAAACAACGGGCCGGCUCCCGUGGCUCAGCAGCAUCAAGCAGCACCUACUGAACAGCAGCAUUAUUCCCAACAACCCGAGCCCCAGCCCCAGCAUGAGCCGCAGCAUCAAACCUAUUCCGAGCAGCAACACGGGGGGCAGUCAGAACAGCAUCACACAGGACAGUCCGAGCAGUACCACGGGGGUGAAGGACACACUGAGCAGCAGCAGCAGCAUACGAACCAACCAGAGCCGCACCACGAAUCCUACUCCGGUCAACAUCAAGAAACUUAUACCGAAACGCAUCAGCAAGCCCACGCCGAGCAAAGCUACACAAGCCACAACGAACAGCCAAACGCGGAAUACCCCCCCGAAGACCAGCCGACGUAUUCCGCGCCGGGCCCCGCGCAAUCGCAGCCGGCUCCGGCUCCGUCGGAACCGUACUUCGCGCCGCAGCCGGAAACCGCGAUGAUGAUCAACAACACGGUGAUCAACAACAUCGAGAACAACACGGCGAUAGCCGAGUCGACGCAGACGAACGCGAAUUACGUCGACGACAGCAACUACAUCAACAACAGCAACAGCAUUAGCAAUAGCAAUGUCGAUAGUAAUAGCAACACGACGCAAGUAGUAGUAGUAGACACGACCCAAAUGAAUAUGAACUACGCGGAUAAUUCGCAUGUGGACAACACAUCCGCGAGCGCAGCAAACUACACGACGAGCGCGCAACCGCCCGCGUUCGCGGCGGCCGUGGACACGGAUCCGACGGUCAAUGCCGAUAACACGGCGCAAGCCGGCGUGUUUUCCGAGGCGACAACGUAUGUGGAUUUUUCCAACAUGAACAUGGACAUGGGGGCGAAUCCGGAUAUGAAUGCGUUCGCGGACAACCCCACCAUAACCACGACGACGAUGUAUGCGGAUACAUCAUCAUAUGCGGUGGAUGCAAAUUACAUGGACGCGAACGCGAACGCGACGUACAUCGAUAGCACGGCGGUCGUCGAUGUGAGCAUGAACAUGAACGUGAACGUCGACAUGAUGAGCCAGACGGGGUACGUGGACGACAUGUCGAUGAUGACGACGGCGGCAACGAUGGAAGGGAGCGUGAGCGUCGAUGCGAGCGCGAGUUAUAUGGAGGUUGGCGCGGUGGACUAUUCCGGUGGGGAUUGGGGUGGUGGUGAGUGGUGAGGAUGAUGAUCGAGAAAAAGAGUUUUCGUUCUUUUCGAGUUUACUUAUCGGUACUGGUCAUGAGGAUUGGACUGGAUUGGAUGUUUAAAGGUGUUGCGUUGGUGGAUUUACAUACCUGGCCUGGGUACCUAACAUAUAUCAUAUUUCGAAGUACAUUUAUCGGGAGGAGAGAUAAGUACAUCAGGGAUUACUGUUGCAUUAUCUGACAUGAAGUACAGAGUCGGAAUAUAAUGGGAUCAUGAGAUAGGAUAUAUUGCAUUUCCGCGUCGCAUAUUAUAGUCCGUUAUUUAGAAUCGUAUGCUACUCCUAAAUUAUUCUUAGGAUUUGACAUAACGAAAAGCAUUGUAUGGUCAACUAGUCGUCCUAAUCUUGAUCUGAUUCUACGCUCGUAUUCCAUAGGAAAAAAAAG